AUGUGCCACAAAUAUCACGGAUGCCCGAUCUCUUAUUAUCCUGUAUCCCCAGGAACAACGUAUUGGAACGAGACGGAUGUUGAAUAUGAAACCGGAGAGAAUACUCAGUGGGGAUCAAUCAUAGGAAUUAUGUACCUCGUAUCGUCACAGACACCCCCUUACCCUCCCGGGUCUAUGGGAGAGCUAUCGUUUGGUAUCAUAAUCGCCUCGAAGAGUCGAGGAAAGGGGUACGCUAAAGAAGCUCUCGGGCUCGUCCUCGAUGAAGCUUUUAAGAGCAUGAGAUGUCACCGCAUACAGGCCUGCCUCUUGGACACUUUUGCAAAAGACCGGGCAAUGAGGCUGUUUAUGGGCAUGCGAUUCGCUCAUGAAGGUAGGCGUCGCCGUGUAUUUUUCAGUAUCGUAGAGCAAGAAUGGAAAGACGUAACCUGUCUGGCUAUACUGGAUACCGACUGGAUGAUCCGAUCAAGGUACUUGACUGAAGCCACACCAACCACGCUCUGGGACGAGUUGUUGUCGCGGCAUAAUCGGGAGCGGGAGGAACUGUUACGAUGGGAAGAAGAACAAUCUCAAUCGUGGCGGACAGGGUUAAAACGCACUUCCAGUAUGGAAACUAUUCGG